AUGGCGCCAACAUCGAUUCCUAUACGGCUGUACUCGGAUCGAGCGAAAAAGUUUGUAUCGCCCCAAGGCCGCCCGACCACUGUGCGCAAGCUGAAGGAAGCAAGCAACGUUGGGUUGAACAUCUUUCGGGACUACUGUGCGAACAGUUCGAUCCAUGGGUUUAAGUACUUCGUGGGUGCGAAUAGAACACGAGCCGAAAAAAUCUGGUGGGCGACAAUGUGCAUCCUCUCGAUAUAUGGUUGUGGCAGCCUCAUACAGACCGUGUUCGAUAAGUGGAGACGUGAUCCGGUAGUGGUUACCUUUGCGGAGAAACCAACCCCGAUCUACGAUAUCCCCUUUCCGGCCGUUACUAUCUGUCCGAUCACGAAGGUGAAGUCUAGUGUGCUCAACUUUACGGCGGUAUAUAAGAGCGUUGUAGACGGCAGUGGGAAUAUUACUGAAGAGGAAUACGAUCGAUUUCUAGCGAUGAUACAGGUGUGCGACUUUUCGUUCAAUCAAUUUCUACCCAAUCAACAUUUUGACGACAACCUGGUGCACGUGCUGCAAGACAUGGCUCUCUCGUUCGAUGAUUUGUUCUUGAGAUGUAUUUGGCGAAACAAGUACACUAGCUGCGAGAAUCUGUUCGCAAAGACGCUAACGGAGCGUGGUAUAUGCUACACCUUCAAUGGACUGUCGGAGGACGUCAUUCUACGGAAGGAAGAGUUUCACCGUGAUUUUGAUCAUUUGAGCGAAAAGAAAUCAUCGAAAAACUGGUCGAUGGAGCAAGGCUAUAAACCCAAUCUAGGGCUGGAUGUUUAUCCGAGGCGUGUGGUAAGUGCAGGAUCUUCGGCGGGACUCAUAGUGCUCCUGAAAUCUGACCUGCAAGAUAUGGACUAUCUUUGUGGGAAUUCUUUCCAGGGCUUUCAAGCGCAAAUUCACACCCCGAACCAAAUUCCUCAGAUCUCGAGCCAAAGCAUACGGGUACCGAUGAAUCAAGCGCUCACCGUCCGAAUCGACCCAUUUCUGAUAACCACCUCGAAAAACGUGAAGUCCUACAGCGCUCAGAAACGUCGCUGCUACUAUCCACAGGAGCGAUAUCUACGCUUCUUUCGCAUCUACACCAAGCGUAACUGUGAGCUAGAGUGUUUGGCCAACUUUACGCUGCACAUGUGCGGAUGCGUCCAGUACUCGAUGCCACGACCCCCCUCCGUACACAUCUGUGGUAUUGAGCGGCUCGAGUGUUGCGAGCAGGCGGAAUCGAUUCUACAGGAGCAGGGGCUAGGUUCGGUGGACAACUCGUCGCGAAUGUUGCUGCAAUCGUGCUACUGUUUGCCGGCCUGCAUCUUUCUCGAGUACAAGACAGAGAUGUCGCAGGCACACUUUGACUGGCAACGGUUAACCAACACGAUCCAUCUGUUCGAGAGGGAAAUGAAUCACUCGGAAAUGUCAUCUAUAUCGAUCUACUACAAGGAGGCUCAGUUCAUCUCAAUCAAACGCAAUCAACUGUUCGGGCUGAAUGACUUCAUAGCGAACUGUGGCGGGAUUCUUGGUUUGUUCAUGGGUGUGAGCCUUCUGAGUAUUGUGGAGAUACUCUAUUACUUCACCAUGAAGCCACUGAUCAAUCAUUUUAUGACGAAAUAUCGGAAGAACCACAAAAUAGCUGCAGUGGAACCAUACGUUCCAGGAGGUACCUAUAGUACUACGUUCAACAGGUUCCUGCGGGAUGUUGCUUAACGUGUUGAAUGUAUCUGAGUCAACAAGAUUCUUAAGCUUCAAACUUCAAAUAUUUCAUACGUACUAUCACAAUGAAUACCUGUAAGAUGGUCACAGAUAGUGUUUCAUUUUGUUCUUGUAUGAAUCCUGAAGUCUCAAAAACACAAUAGAACUCUAUUUCCGAACCGCUAUCAUAACUUAUAAACUUCUGAGUCCUAAAAGCCUAAUUUCGUUGAACUCCAAUCCAUUACCGCAGCAGCUGCAUCUGCAGCACGUUCAUCUGCCCAACAAAAGGGAUCAAAAGGAUGCAGGAUGCUUAUCGUGACUACAAAUCGCUCUGCUUAAUGCGUCUCCUCCUUCCAAACACUUGCAUUCGGAUGCAUUUUCUCCUUCACCCAAGUCCCGGGGUUUUUAAUCUUUUAUUUGUUAAGAGUAAGUUCGGAACCGCACGAUCGACACGAGAUUAGAAAUCGGCGGUAGAGUUUUACCGGCUGGCGGUGACUUUUACCAUUCUGACCACACAGGCACACAGAAGGCUCCCUCAAGAGAAGGGAUA